UACGUCUAGCGUGCGAAAGACUGAUUAGGUAUUUGUGUAACAAAUAUUUGCCGGAAUAUAUUUAUAUACGUAUGUAGUUAUCGUAUUUUUCUAUACAGAGCGAAAUAAACUCUACCGUUGUUUCAACAAUGAGUUCAACAAUAAUAAUUCUACGCCCUUUUAAUUCCGGCGAUGCAACAAGUUGCAAGGAAUUGAUCAGAGACUGCUUGAUGUCUUUCCUGAGCGCGACGUUCUUCGAGAUGCUGUUCAAGGAGCUCGUUUUUCAGAUCAUUAUUUUACUCGCCGCGAUAAUGUUUAUCUUCGUUGGAACGCCGCUGACCACGUGCCUUUUGGUUGUACCGGUGGUUAUCGCGCUGGUGUUCGUUGUCACGCGUCUGAUCUUUGGAAUGAAGAUAGCAGAAGUGAAUGCACAAGUGGAUAACAUUGUCAGAACUUACAUGAUCAGUGCUGAUUCAUGCUUCUGGGUUGCCGAGGCAUUCAAGUUUUCCACUGUGACAAAACAUUCUGAAGACGUUGGUUACACCAUAAUGACGGAAGACCAGUUUUCGGAGAACAUUGGACACAUUCCUGUUUCGCAGGAGACAAAACAAAUUGUAGGAACCAUUGGCUUGUGCGGAUGCGCUUUGACAAAGAGCGCGUGUAUAAAGAUGCUGUACGUACACAAACAAUAUCGUCAGAAAAAAGGUAUUGCAGAACGUCUCUUGCAAACUGCUGUGAAAUUCGCGAGCGAUGUGGGAUACAACUGUGUUGAUAUGGUAGCUUCCGAAUACAGAGAAGAACACAGAGACCUAUGUCUGAAGGAGGGAUUUGAAUUGAGAAAAAUGUAUCGCCGACCAUUUCUGGGACUUGUUUUGUCUAAAAUGAUAUAUGAAUUAACGUACGAAAUUAUCAGACUUGCAUAACAAAUUUUGUAUUAGGGAAGAAUUUUAAAACGUUUCAGUACGAAAAAUGAGAUAGUAGCAAGUUAGGGAAUUUAUCCCUAACUGAGAAAAUUAAUGAGACUGAUGAAAAUAAGUGUGAUAAUUUCCUAUUACAAUAAAUGUGCCUCAACUAAAUUAUAAAUCUCUGUUACCUGAGUAAUAUACAUUCAGUAUUAUUUACGAUUUUGUACUAACUUUUAUACACUUCUGUACGCUACUGUAAACUAUAUAAGAAAGUAUAGUUUUUUUUAUAUGAAGCAUUGCAAAUGUCUUCAUGUGUUGCGCAAAGAUUAGAGAUAAGUGAACGUACAAAUAAACAAAUGUUGGGUACAUUUUAUAUAUUUUAGAAAAAUUUAUAUAUUUUAUAUAUAUAU